AUGACCUCCAGAUUCUUCAGUCACGUAGAUAGCCCUGACCUGUUAGUAUGUGACAUUUUAGGUGCAGUUUAUCAUUCGACGAGGAGUAGGUUAACGGUAACCAAGCACCAAUCUUGUAGGCAUCAUCGGGCCUCUCAUAGGGCUUACCAGUAUCGUGUUUUAGCUGUGGAUGUGAUACAAGGUUCAGGAGUCAUUGCUUCUGAUAGGCUCAUUAUGAGACGCUUCAGGGUUUCAUUCUCUAGAUCAAAACACCUAAUGACGACUUAA